UCCCUAACCCCCCGUGCGGCCUGAUGCCGACAGCCAACUGGGACUGUGGCUGCCGCGGAAACCGGUAGUCCGUGACACAGGGCAUUCCGGUUUUGCCCAUUGCACGUAAGUGCUCACGCAGAGGAGAUGAAAAGGCCGCGAAUUCUGUAUGGGCUCAAAGUCUCCUUGCAACGGCGUGAGCUCUCGUGGGUCCAACCAACGCAACACGGACGCGCUCCUGUCAUUUUCUGGCAUUUCUAAAGAUGCGUCUUUGCAUAUCAGAUUGUUCAACAUGUGCCUGCCUGCGCCUGUCAUCAUAAUCGGGUUUACACUUUCGCCGGAGUUUUCUCUGCGCCUGGUAGCUUUUAUGUUAACAUGAACAAUUUCAAGUUGUGCAUUUUCGCAGCGCCACUAGCCUGUCCUUCGACUCGGCGGUUUUGCACCCUAUGCCUAUGCUGAUGCGGCUGAUGCGGCUGUUUUGCAAAAGACUACGUCCGUGCUUUUAUGCACUGCAGCACAUUGGUGUUGUCUUUAGAGAGGAAGACACAGCGGCCAUCACGAUUGCGGCAGCUCACUAAGCUAAAAUUUCUUUCAGCUUUCGCCUAGCAAGGAACUGUAAAAUGUAUAUAGACGCCUAACAUCUUGCUGCUUGGCGACUUCGUGUAUGACGUCCGUGAAGCAGCCGGAGUCCCCGGACUGCUAGUGCUUGCCCUGGCUUCUGCCAUUCUUCUGCCACUAUACUUGACAGUUUCAUCUGCUAGGCUCAGGUUUGGUCAGCGUCGGCCGUGUGCCCACUCGAGCAAUUGCGAAGGACAUGAUGCCAAAAAGGAGCGAAACUGGGGGUCCAAUCCGGCGUUUCCCAACUGGCUACUGGCACGCCUUCAACAAAUGGUGGCAUAGCCAGUAUUCCACUUUGGGCGCCCGUCCCAGCUCCAAGGCAAUCCAGAGGUGGCACAGCGAGCACGCUGAAGAGGUCUGGGGGGACGCCGCAGUCAGCUACCAAGAGGUCCAGCGCCACGCCAACCGCAUGCGCUGCAAGCGCAGCGUGCACGACGGCGGGGCGCAAGACGCCGACGACGCGGAAACCACAGAGCCCGAGGACGAGCCAGGCACCACGCCCGAGCGUGACCGCCGGACCUCCGCCAGCGCCCCCGUCCCAAGCGGCCGCGCCCUGUCUCGCGACCCCUCCUACUCCCUGCCGCUGAACCCGCCCCGCGGAGCGGGAACCGGCGGCAACCAGCGCCGCAACGGCCUGGCGUUCUACAGCGGCCCCUCGGGCGCCGGCGCCGCGGCCGGCGCGCGCGGCGGCGCCGGCGCGCACCGCCAUGACUCUGGCGAUCUGGGUUACGGCCUGGGUCUGGGACUGGGUCUGGGUCUGGGGCAGCUAGGUGCGCUGCCGCCCGGUGUACUGGCCUCGGGCCCACCGCUGCAUCUAGCAGGCCUACAUGUUGACGGCACUGACGCGCCGCUGCCGCUGCAGCAGCUGCGUUACGGUGUAGCCGCGGCGGGCGCCGGCCUUGGUAACGGCGGCGGCGGCGGCGUGUCAGCUUCGCUUCUGGGUCAGCUGGCGACGGCCGCGGCGGCCAGCGGUGGCGAGCGCUACGGCUUCGGCGACGGUAGCGAGGCGUGGCAAGACCAGGUGGACGCGGAGGAGGCCGAGGCCGCGUCACGGCUUAUGGCGCUGAAUCCCGCGUACCGCAGCACCGGCAGCAUCGGCAACGGACGCGUCCUGCACGUGCCGGCCGUGCGGGCCAUCAGCCUCGAUGGCCCCGGCGGCGCCAGCGCCUCCGCCCGCGGCGGCGGCGGUGGCAUCGGCUUUGUCAGCUCCGCCACGCCGCCUGCAGUACCGCUGCCGCGGGAGCAGCAGGGGCUGCUACUUCAGGCACUGAGCGGCGGCGGUAGUGGCGCCGGCGGGGGGCUGUUUGGCGAGGAGCUGGGCUUUGAGGAGGAUGGCCCGGACGCCUACGCGCACGCUAGGCCGUACCGGCAUCAGGCGGCGGCGGCUCUGGGCGGUCUGGCGGAUGAACAGCAGCAGGAGUCGCUUCUGGCGCUGCAGGCACACAUCCUGCAGCAGCAGGGGCUGACGGGGCGGCCGCUGUCGGCGACGGGCCUCGCCGCCGCCGCGGCGGUGGUGGCACAGCAGCAGCAGCAGCAGCGGCUGGCCUCGUUCCGCGUGAAGCGGCAGCGUGGCGAGGCCGACGUCGGCAUGCAGGACGUGCAGGACGUGCACGGUGUGUUAGGGCUGCAGCAACAGCAGCAGCAACAGCAGCAGCAGCACAAGGCGCUGUCGGGGCUGGGCGCGCUGAGGCUGGGCGGGCUUGCGCUGCGGCCGCUGGAGGAGGCGGAUGCGGCGGCGGAGGCCGACGACGACAUGGUGCUGUUGGAGGGGCCAGCAGGCGGCGGCGGUGCGGCGGAGUGGGGCCGCCCGCCGAAUCGCAAGACAGCUCGGCUGGGUGCUGGCGCCGGCGGCUCCGCCUUGGCUGGUGGCGGCGGUGUUCCUGGCGACCUACAGCUGCAGCUACAGCUGCUCAUGCUGCGGCAACGGCAGCAGCAGCACGAGGCGGGCGCGGCGCCCAUGGGAAUUCAGGGUGCGGGCGGUGGCGGCGCCGCGGCCUCGCCGCGUCUGGAGCUGGACCUGCAGGCGGAUGAGCGCUAUGUGCAGGUGCGUGCGGACUUUGGCCGGCGCUCCGUUCCAUCCUACGCGGGCCAGGACGCCGACGCAGCCAUGGUGGCGGCGGCGGCGGCGCGGCGCGGUGGGCUGCCUCUGGCGGCGGCGCCUGGCCUCAUCACGCUCCGGUCUCGUGCGGACUCAGGGACGAGGUCCAUGCUGCCCGUCAACGGCGGCGGCGCCAUGGAGGCUCUGUCGCUUGGCAAUGGCGCCGGCGGCAUUGGCCCCGGGCGCCUUACCCCAGUCAUGAUGUGGGGAAGGGGCGGGGGCGAUCCCUUCCAGCGCCGCAGCGACCCGAUUGACGUGGACCGCGACGCCGAUGCCUGGGACCAGGGCGUGCUGCCCCCGGCCGCAGGCCGCCAACGCGCCGCCACAGGCAUUGCCGUGCCCCGCGCCGCCAGCACGGGUGCUGCCGGCAACCCCUCGCUCAUGCUGCGUCGUGACCUGAACGUUGAGUCGGGUCUCGAGGCGAUUGCGGCCGCCGCCGCGGCGGUGGCGGCAGCCGAGGACCGAGGCGUCGCCGCCGACCAUGCGGCCGUGGCCGGCGCGCGGCCGCAGCGCCAGCUGCAGCUGCGGGCGCUGCAGCAGCAGCAGCAGCAGCAGCAGCAGCAGCAGGCGCAGCUGACGUCGGCGCUGAGGGAGCUGCAGGAGCAGCAGCAGGUGGCGGAGAGGCAGCAGCAGCACCAGGCAGAGGCGCGCCAUCACUGGCCGAUGUACCGGGGCCUGGACGACGAGGCGGACGCGGAUUGCGCAGCGGCCAUGCUUACUAAGGAGCGGGCGCCGCAUGCGAUGCCGGCCGACGCGGAGGCGGAGGAGCGUGUGGCUGGGCUGCGCAGCACGCUGUUGCUGUUGCUGCAGCAGCGCCGCGCCGCGGAGGGUGUGGGCGCAGGUGCGGGCGGAGGGGAGCGUGGGGGCAGCCGGGUGGGGGACUCGCAGGGCGGGUCGUUGGCGCUGCUGCGCACCGGCGCGGAGGCGGGCGGGACGCGGUAGGCUGCUGGCACGUGAUGCGCAAGGAGGGCGAGGAAAGUGCGAAGCGUCGCCUUGUGAUGUCGUGGCCGAGCCGCUGUGAGCGGAAUUUGGGACCGUCAUGAAUGAAGGAACGGUCUUGUCAUACGUCUGAGGGGAUGUGAUGCAUCUUGGGAUUCGGAUGAUGGGAACUGAAGGUUAAUACUGUCAAUGCACACAGCUGUGUGCAAUGGUGCGGGAUGCUAUCGGAUGUGUUGUGUGCUGUGCGGGAGCGUGGCUGACACUGCCAUUCGUUAGCCGGCUGUUUCGUUACCUUCCUUUACAAAAACGAAGAGCAGCCGGUGAUCGGCUGGUGAUGUUCAUUAGUAAUGGCCGGAAGGCGGAAGCAGGGUCUUCGGUGCUGUGCUUGUGCUGGUGGGUGAAUAUACACUUGACAACUGCACUUUGAGGUAAUGCACUGAAGCAUGGAAGGCAUGACUUGCGGCUGCCAGAUGCAUCAUGUCAUCUUCUUUGGCGUGCAGUUGAGGGCGUGCGCGACGGUCGGCAGCUGCUUCGCACUGAGCGAUGCAUGGAAGGGCUCAGGGCCGCGUCUUUCUUAGGCUACGGCCUGUGUUUGGGCGGUUUUACAGUUGGGAUGGCAUGCCAAUCGUGGUUGUGCGGGAAGGGCGCGACUCGCUUAAUAGUUUGCAUUUUGCACGGCACGGUCGCUGCUAUAGCAUAUGGACACGCAUGAGUUUCAGUGCGGCUUCGUGUAUGUGCGUGUGUGGUUGUCUGGCCGCGGGGGCGGGGGUGGGGCUGCCGCACGAGAUGAGCUCUACAGCAGUGGCUUGUAGAGCGGGGUUGCUUCUCGAUAACUGGGCUGUGUGUGUGUGUUGUAUGUGUGUGUGUGUGUUGUGUGUGUGUGUGUGUGUCUGUGUGUGUGUGUGUGUUCAAACCUUGGUAUGGCCCUUGGUAUGGCUCUCACACGCACUGUCAUAGCGAGGCCGUUGGACACACAGAUUCCCGUAUUAAGACUGAGCACUGGGGCAUUCCAUGCAGUACUAUCAUAAUCGCCCGCUUCCAUAGCAGCUGGUACUUUUUAAAUGAUGGGAGUCGACAGGUGGCCCGAGCUCAGUUAGGAGCCGCCCGGGUUCCUAGACGCAGUAUUCACAGUGCAUUUAUGCAUGGGUACUUUAGGCAUGUGCCCCACCGCCGGUGGCUCACUGCGUUUUACUAUAACAGGCCGAGCACAUAAGUGCGGGCAUGUGCUGUCGCACGUUGCUUAACGGUCGUUGGUCAGUACGUGUUCCGCAUGGUCUUAGUCACUUAAGGACACACACUGUACUUGAUCAUUGUUUUCGUGUGACAGUUCCUGUUAUCAGCAUUUGGUAUUUGGCAACACGACGCGCCUGCUGUAUAAUUGGUACCGUACGCCGAUGCAUCGCUGAGCUGUAUACUGCGGCUCCUCGGGACCUGUCCAUCCGGAAAGACGUGCCAGCGAGAUAACUGGCUUUCGGGUUGCGGACAGACAUGGCUCUCUGACGCUUCGAGUAUGCCGCUAGAGUGCGACGCCUGCGGCGGGUAGGGUGUAAGCCGGGGAGUAGAGUAAAACGCUACGACGAUGGGCGCGUUCAGCUAAGGUGUCAAGCUUUUGGUCAGGAGAGGUGUGCGCAGUUGGUCAGGAGAGGGUUCGAAAUUCUUGAGCAUGCGGGGGAGGUAUGGUCUCGCACGAGGGGGGAGCAUUGUUGACAGCGUUGGAUGGUGGUGGAUGGAGCUGCUGGGACGUUGCAUAUGCGCCGCUGACUAGCUAAAUACGUGAAUGCAUGCAAAGUGGAAGCUAUAGAACGUACGUGGCAAGUGGGGGACAUUGAUACUAUCACGGACCGAGCUGCUCGAGUCCUGGAGGUGGUGGAGGCAGUGCUGCAGGCGGCUAGAAGGGCUGGCACGAAAUGGCCAAGCCUUGAAAGCGUCGGAGGGGCACGUAGCUGCAUUGCUGAUACUACGGCCGUAUGAUAUACGGGUAGUAUGACUAGUUGUAGGGAAGGACGCGCAUCAUGCCGCAUGGCGGCACUGCAUGGGUGCGCGUGCUGCAACCCAGGAGCGAGCGGAUGAGCUGCAGCACCCAGGAGCUGAUAGCAACUGGUCUCUCAUGCACGUGCAUGCAUGCCGCUGCGCUUCAGUGCUAGCUGGGGUGGCGGUAGCGCAAUCUGGAUCUGGCUGACGGGUGGCAAGGAGCGAGCGGACGAGCUGCAGCAAGCAUGAGCCUGCAUGAGCUGGCAGUCAUUGUAAUCAUAACGCACU